UGCACACCGCAGCGAAAACGACGGGCCUGCCGGUAUAUGGAAUAGAGUGGUGCUUGUGGAAGACGCGGCAGGAUUUGUAAUUUUAUUAACGUAAAUGGCGCGAUUUUUUUCUCUCUGACUGCAGUUAAUACUACGUGCAUCUGUUAAUAUAUCUCAGUGGAAACCGUAUCUUCUUGAAAAAAUAGCGAGACGCUUUAUUUUGAAAUUUGUAUCCAUUCCGGAGAGCCUAGCUGCAGAGAAAUAUUGGCGUAUAGAAACAAGUCUACAUUUAUGAAGAGAUGCCUUUAAUAGACGUGAGAGGAGUGAGCGUGAACUUUCCUUUCACGCCGUACAAAUGUCAAGAAGAUUACAUGUCCAAGGUGAUGGAAUGUUUACAAAAGGAAGUAAAUGGAAUUCUUGAAAGCCCUACAGGUACUGGAAAAACCCUGUGUCUGCUGUGUUCCACACUUGCAUGGAGGGAACAUUUUAAAGAUUCUAUAUCUGCCCGAAAAAUUGCUGAAAGGAUGGAUGGAGUAGAAAUGUUUCCAAAAAGACCAAUGGCUUCUUGGGGUAAAGCAGAUAAAGAAGGAGACGCACCAGCUUAUUACACUGAUGUUCCAAAGAUCAUUUAUGCUUCCAGGACACACUCUCAGUUGACCCAGGUUAUAAGCGAGCUUAAAAAUACAUCUUACAGACCAAAGGUUUGUGUUCUAGGAUCAAGGGAGCAGCUGUGUAUCCACCCAGAAGUGAUGAAGCAAGAAAGCAACCAUGUGAAGGUUCACAUGUGCCGAGCAAAAAUGACAUCUCGCUCCUGUUUGUACUACAACAAUGUUGAAGAAAAAAGCACGGAUAAGGAACUUACAAAUACAAUUCUGGAUGUUGAAGACUUAGUUAAAAAUGGAAACAAACACAGAGUUUGCCCUUAUUAUUUGUCUCGAUCUCUCAAGCAGCAAGCUGAAAUUAUCUUUAUGCCAUAUAACUAUCUUCUUGAUCCAAAGAGUCGCAAAGCACACAAUAUUGAACUGAAAGGCACAGUUGUCAUUUUUGAUGAAGCUCACAAUGUGGAGAAAAUGUGUGAGGAGUCUGCAUCAAGCGAUUUGACUCCUUAUGACUUGGCUACUGCAAUUGAUGCUGUCAACCAGGUUCUCACACUACAAGCUAGUACAGCUGAAAAAAGCGGACUAUCUGAAGAUUUCAACAUUGAAACAACCAAUCCUGGUUUGAAAAUGGAUGUUGCUGAUAUUGCCAAAAUUAAACGAAUUUUACUAGACCUUGAAGCUGCCAUUGAUUCCAUUGAGUUACCUUCAAAUGGAGCAGGACUAACAAAACCAGGAAGCUAUAUCUUUGAGCUUUUUAAACAAGCCCAGCUUACAUUUGAAACAAAAACUGCAGUACUGGAUGCGUUGGAACAAAUAAUGGGAUAUUUUGCUGAGCGGAAUAGUGUUUUCACAAACACUUCAGGAUUGCAGAAGCUUUCAGAUAUUAUUCAGAUUGUUUUCAGCCGUGAUCCACCAGAGGGCAUGAGCAGCUUUGCUGCUGAACAGAGUAUUGCUAAGCAUUAUAAGGUUCAUAUUCACUCUGAUACAAACAUUCAUAAAAAGAAGCAACGUACCGAUCCAUGGUCAUCAACUACAUCAACUAAGCAAGGGAAGAUAUUGAGUUAUUGGUGUUUUUCUCCUGGGUAUACCAUGCAUGAACUUGUCAGUCAAGGAGUGAGAUCAAUCAUCCUUACAAGUGGUACGCUGUCACCACUUUCAUCUUUCACAGCUGAGAUGCAAAUCUCUUUCCCAGUUUUACUGGAAAACCCCCAUGUGAUUGACAAACAUCAGAUUUUUGUUGGAAUUAUUCCGAAAGGUCCAGAUGGUGUUCAGCUUAGCUCAGCAUUUGAUAAAAGGUUUUCACCUGAUUAUAUGGCUUCGCUGGGAAAUACUGUUGUUAAUAUCGGGCGUGUUGUUCCUCAUGGCCUAUUAGUUUUCUUUCCUUCAUAUACUGUCAUGGACAAAACCAUUGAAUUCUGGAGGGAGAAUGGAUGUACUAACAGAAUUGAAGAUGUAAAGCCAAUGUUUAUUGAACCCAAGGGUAAAGGUUCAUUUAAUGAGGUUAUCAAUGGUUAUUACACAAAAGUUAAUGAUUCAUCAAUAAGUGGAGCCAGUUUUUUUGCAGUCUGCAGAGGAAAGGCUAGUGAGGGACUGGACUUUUCUGAUACUAAUGGAAGAGGAGUUCUCAUCACUGGUCUACCCUUUCCACCUCGAAUGGACCCUAGAGUUAUUUUGAAGAUGCAGUUCCUUGAUGAAGUAGGAAAGCGUGCUAAUGGAAUUAAGUGCCUGACUGGACAGGAGUGGUAUAGACAACAGGCAUCACGAGCUGUUAAUCAAGCCAUAGGAAGAGUAAUUAGACAUCGUCAAGAUUUUGGUGGAAUAUUUCUCUGUGAUCAUAGGUUUAUGAGCACUGAUGCAAGAUCUCAGCUGCCUUUAUGGGUUCGUCCUUAUGUGAAAGUAUAUGAUAACUUUGGUCAUGUCAUUAGAGAUUCAUCACAGUUCUUUAGAAAAGUUCAAAAAAUUAUGCCGCCUCCCAAAGUGAAACUAGAUAAUUCUUGUAAAGACAUUUGCUCAGAACAGUGUAAUUCAAAACCUUAUUCUUCAAAUGCAAUUUCCUCUCAACUUUCUAACUCCUUUAUGAGGAAAGCCAAGACACUGGACUCUCAUGUUCCAAGCCUUAAAAAAAGGCGCAUAGGUACAAGCUCCUCUUACGAUGGCACUGCACAGCUGUGUGUAGAAUAUGAAGGGGAAAUACAAUCAGAACGUAAAAAGCCUCUGGGUUUGCUUGAGGCCUUGGAUCACAAUGAACGUAAAGCAUUUGGUGAAGAAGAUGAAAUGUUAGUAGGUGAAGAAAAGGCUUCACGUCUGUCAACGUUAUCCUUACAGCAUGAUAAGAGGCAUGAUGAUGAACAGCGAGGAAACAAAAAAAGGAUAAAACUGGUUAAUUCUUUGAAAAAUGAACCAUUGCCAGACUCUACCCUCAACAAAGCAGAAAAAGCGAAGUUUUAUCUUGCAUCGGUGAAACAGACACUGAGUCAGGCUAACUACCAUCAGUUUACACAGAGCAUGCAAACAUAUAAGAAGACUGAUGAUUUUGACACUAUGCUGGCUGAACUUAGUUCACUCUGCACUGGAGACCCAUUGAAACAGUUUUUAUUGAGAGAUUUUUAUCAGUUUGUCCGCCCACAUCAUAAACAACGGUUUGAUGAAGCUUGCAGAAGUCUUUAUGGGCUGGAAUGUGGAUUUAAACCUGAACAUGCUCUGUCUAAUCUGGAAAAGGGCUCCUUGAUGCUGAAUGCUACAGCAAAGGAAAAGAAUGAAUCUGGAGCAUGUGCCCUUUCAGCAACUCAAAACAGCACAAAAAAUACAAGUUCCCAGCUGGAUGCCAGUCAGCUAAACAAAGGUGGUUGUCAUUUGAACAGUGGAGUUUUACAUAAAGAACCUCUCAAACGGGGCGAUUUACUCUCAAAGGACAAAUCUGAACAUCAGAGCAACCGCCUAAAAGAUUACCUUGAUAAAGUGAAGGAAGCCUUGGGUCCACAGAAGUAUCAGCAGUUCUUUGUGUCUCUUCAGACCUAUAAAAAGACGGAUAAUUAUGACAAUAUGGUUCUUGAGAUUGUGUCUCUUCUUACUGAAGGAACUAGUGACUUUGCUUUACUUCACAGUUUUACAGUUUUUGUUCGUCCCCACCAUAAACAGCAAUACAAUCAAAUGUUAAAAGAACUGAUGGGCAUGCCUGUCGAAGAUACACUGCAUCAAGCAAAAGCACUGACCUCUAAAUAAUCAAAACCUCAAACAAGCUUGAAUGAAACAGCAGUUUUCAUGAGUGACAAAAAUUGAGACACGAAUGAAGACCUCAUUGCUUCCAGGCUUCAGGAAUGCUUGUUUGUCUUAACAGAUGAAGAGCAGACCAGAGCCUUAGCAGCAUAUAAAGAAUUUGGUGCAUUCACUGCCUGUUUUGUGCACUGCUUUUAAGCCUCUUAUGGAAUAAGGUAUCAUAUGUACAAACGUACUGUAUGUUUCUGUAGGUAUUACCUAUGCAUUUAGCAGCUGUGUGUUUUUGAAUGUUCAUAACCAUUUCAUUUUAAAUGAAUGAGGGGAAUUUCAUCAAAGACCAUAAUUAUAUUAUUAACAGCAAAAAUCUUUUAGCAAAAUGGUACCUGAACGUACAUUUCUUAUCAUAUCUAAAGAUUGUCAUUUUUUUAAUGUAUGUAAUGAGGUGAAAGGAGCUGGGAUAGUAAAAGGGCCAGUCUUGGGUGUAGAUUAACCUCCCUAGCUGACUACAGAUAGUCACAAAACCUAAACCUUGUUUUAAAAAAUGUGGUUUUACAGUGUACAAUUUCAGUGUUUUUCUUAAUACAAGAUGCCUAUGUAGUCUUAAUAAAUACUGUUGAGGCAGGUCAUUUUUGGGGCACUGAUUCCUCUUUUGUGAGCCCUUUUAGGUGCUAAUAGUAUUCUGCCUUUAUUGGGGUUUUGCUUUUGUGAAAGACAUGCAGCUGUUUUCUUUUCAUCCCUCAGUAUGAAAAAAUGCAAAUCUAAUGAUGUCAAAGUACUGUUACUUAGAGUAUUGUACUAAGUAUUCUAUAAACUAAACCCUCAUUUGCUAAUACAUUAAAGAGAUGAAUAGUUUUGAGCAAUUGUCUAAUUUUACAUUUAAUAACAUCAGUCUCUAUUUGUCUGUAAACAAACAAACAAAUAAAUAAUACUUUUAUGGCUGAAUCAGGCAGGAUGCAUUAUGAUGUGCAUUUUUUUGGGGGGAUGACUUUAACAAAACUUUAUACUAUUAAAUGAGAAAAAUGUUGUGAUCACUUUUAUUCGAUCAACCGCAUUCAAUCUGUUCAUUAGUACACUGUGAAGAAACCAAAUUAGACCAUGAGAGUAGCUUUAAACAUCUUGAAAUAUCUGUUUUUAUCUGCAAAAUGUUAUUUUAUUGAUACACUGUUCCUUAAAUCCAUAAUUAGAUUGUUAUUUAAUUUAAAGUGAAGCCACAGGUUCAUCAGAAGACUGUGACUGUCUUGUAGUAUAUGUAAGGAAUUUUGUGUACUUUAUAUUUAAUAAAAUUUUAAAUCUUUAACAAUAAUGUAAAUAUACACAUAAAAUAUUCUACUUCCCUUUUAUAUUAUG